UACUAUAAACAUUCUAUGAAAGGGCGAACAGAACCAGACAAAUACCUGUCAAUAAUUUUGGAUGGGAUGGAUCAAAAGAAAACUGAAUUACCGCAUUAUUUAUACCUAAGCUCAUUUGUCUCCAGUCUUUGGAAACUAAAAACACACUUGGUUGGUGUCAUAGUGCACGGAAUCGGAAAUUACGGAUUUUUCGAUUAUUAUCAGUAUCCGCAUGGGAGCAACUUGACGAUCCACUGCCUUCUAUCAACUUUGUACAUGCAGAAAGACUCAUUACCAGAUACCUUAUACCUUCAAAUGGAUAACUGUGCCAGAGAAAAUAAGAACAGAUACAUAUUGGGAUUCCUUUGUUUGCUGGUGGAAAAAGACAUUUUCAAAAAGGUUAAACUGUCAUUUUUAAUGGUAGGACAUACACAUGAGGAUAUAGAUCAGAUGUUUUCUCGUUUCUCAGUGAGAUUGAGGCGAACACCAGCUAUGACACUGGACAAACUCAUGAGCAUCUUUGAGAAAUGCACUACACCAAAACCAUUAAGUGUGGAAUGCGACAAUGUAUAUAAUGUCACAGAAUGGUUGCAGGAAUAUUUGAAUCCGAUCAGCGGACAGUCCAGACCACAUGUGUUCAGAAUAACGAAAGGUGAAACUGGAAAAGCAGAAAUUUGCUGGAAAAAUUGGACAACUGACAAAGAAUACAAUAAAAGUAUAGGAGAUCUGCCACACUUACUGAAGGCAAUACCUGACGGAUCUCCGAACUGCCUUCAAGAAUCAUUUGAGAAAAUUGAUGUAGAAGUGCUGAAAAGAGAUAUAGAAAAGGCUGCACCAUUCUUUCCAAAACCAGAAGAAAGACAAUGGUGGACCAGCUUCUUUGAAAAAAUUGGUACAAUUUAAAUUAUAAAGAGUCCUAUUACCUCAAUUAAGAAAGGUUUUUAGCUCACCUGUCACAUAGUGACAAGGUGAGCUUUUGUGAUCACCCUUCGUCUGUCGUCAGUCCGUCCGUGCGACCGUCAACAAUAUCUUGUCUACACGAUAGUGGUUUCAUUUAUGAUUUUAUUUUAACCAAACUUGCACACAACUUUAUCACCAUAAGAUCACGGUUCCUUUCUUGAACUGGCCAGAUCCGAUUAUGGGUUCCAGAGUUAUGGCCCCUGAAACGGCCAAAAUUAGCUAUUUUGACCUUAUCUGCACAAUAGCAGCUUUAUUUAUGAUUUAAUUUUUACCAAACUGGCACACAACUUGUAUCACCAUAAGAUCUUGGUUCCUUUCUUGAACUGGACAGAUUCCGUUAUGGGUUCCAGAGUUAUGGCCCCUGAAAGGGCCAGAAUUAGCUAUUUUGACCUUGUCUGCACAAUAGCAGCUUCAUUUAUGAUUUUAUUUUAACUAAACUUGGACUCACAGGACUUAGAUUUUUUUUUUGAGGACCUUCUUGUCCUCAAGUGCAAUGAUAACAGGUGGGCGAUAUAGGGCCAUCAUGGCCCUCUUGUUACAUAUACCAUUUACAAUGUCUGUAAGUUGAAUACAAUGAUAAAAUGUGAGGCAAUGCUAACCAUUUUA